AUGGCUCCUAAGUCCUCCUCCAAAAAACGCACUGCCACGCCCUCUGCUUCUACCGCCGCCCAACAAAAAACCUUCGAAGCCGACCUCCGUUCCCUCGCCCGCAAAGCCCGCUCCGACUCCCUUGCCUCUUCCCCCCUCACCCUCCUCCUAACCCAAACCACCCUCUACCUCCGCGUAACCGGCCUCCUCCUCCUCGCCGCCCUCUCCACCCUCAUCUCCCAACUCUCCCUCUCCCCCGUCUACGGCUCGAUCCCCUCGUCUUCCUGGCACACCUACCUCGUCGCGGCGGCCUGUUUCACGGGUUGGUCUGGCAAUUUAGCCCUUGAGCGGGCGUUGCGCCGCGGCAGGGAGGGGGGCAGUGGAGCUGCCGCGACGUAUUUGUUACCUGUGCUGGCGCUGUGGGUGCCGGUGGUGCAUUUUGUGUUGGGGGGGUUUAGUGGGGUGUUGACGGCGAGAUGGGGGCCGGUGGUUACGGAGGCGGUGGCGUUGUUCCCGUUGGUUGCGGUGUCGGCUUCAUGUGUGGCGACGGAGUUGGAAGGGGUUGAUUUGUCUGGAUUACCGCUUCCCGGGUGGGUGGUGGAGGGUGUGCCCGGGUUGGGGGCGUAUGGGGGGUUUAAGGUUGCGGCGGGGGGGUUGGUGGGACGGACGUGGGUGCAUACGCGCGUGGGGAUGCAGGUGGUGUUGGGGGGCGUGUAUGCGGUGUUGGCGCCGUCGAGGUUGUUGGUGUUGACGGUGCCGGCGUUGUUUCAUACGGCCGUGUUGAAUACGCAUGCGCCGACGCCGGCGGCGUUGGGGAGGUUGAAUGCGGGCUUGGCGGAGGUUGGGUAUGUGUUGUUGGAUCGGGCCGAGUCGAAUACGGGGUAUAUUUCGGUGUUGGAUAGUCCGAAGGAGGGGUUUCGGUUGUUAAGGUGUGAUCAUAGUUUGUUGGGGGGGGAGUGGGUGAAGUUUUUGGGACAGGGCCGGUUUAAGGGGAACCAGGUGGCUGAGCCGGUGUAUGGGGUGUUUACUAUGUUGGAGGCUGUUAGGUUGGUCGAGACGCCGGAACCGAUCGUCGACAGCGAGGCGAAUGCCCUUGUCAUCGGCCUCGGCAUCGGCACGACCCCCGCAGCCCUCAUCGCCCACGGCAUCGACACGACCGUCGUCGAGCUCGACCCCGUGGUGCACAGAUUCGCCUCGCAGUACUUCCAGCUGCCCAGCAACCACACGGCCGUGAUCGAAGACGCCGUGACCUACACCUCCCGGACAGCCGCCGACGAGUCCGAGCCCCGGUUCGACUACAUCAUCCACGACGUGUUCACGGGCGGUGCCGAGCCCAUUGCGUUGUUUACGUUGGAGUUUUUGCAGAAUCUGCAUGCUUUGUUGAAGCCGAAUGGUGUUGUUGCUAUUAACUACGCCGGCGACUUCGCCCUCCCGCCCCCGCGCAUCGUCGUCAACACCAUCCGCACCGUCUUCCCGACCUGCCGCAUCUUCCGCGAGCACCCGCGCGACGAAGACGACUUUGCCCUCAACGGCCGGGAUUUCACCAACAUGGUUAUUUUCUGCACCAAGACCGACACUAACACCAACAGCGACACCAACAGCGACACCAACAGCGGCACAGUCAAAACAAUCACCUUCCGCGAGCCGACCGAGCGUGAUUUACUGAACAGCCCCUCGCGCCAGGCAUUUUUGCUGCCGCGGCAUGAGGUCACGGAUGCGGAUUUCUUGGUGGAGGGGCCGGAUGCGGAGGGGGUUUUGAGGAGGAAUGAGACGGAGAGGUUGGUGAAAUGGCAUGCGGCGAGCGCGGCGGGGCAUUGGACUGUUAUGAGGACUGUGUUGCCUGAGGCUGUUUGGGAGGCGUGGUAG